UUUUCAUAUUUUCACAAUAUCAUAUUUUAACUUAUGUUACCACCAGUCUUCAUAUGAAAUUAGACCAGACUCUUAAAGCAUAUUCUAUCCAUCCAUCCGUCUUUUACCACUUUUACCUCCACGUGAGGGUCGCAGGGGGGUGCUUUGCCACUCUCAGCUGGACACUGCGUGAUAGGCGGGAUCACACACUGGACAGGCCGCCAGUCCAUCACAGGGCCUUGAAGCAUAUUGUUUAUAAAUUAACCACAAAGCUAAAUAUAUGAAUAGUGAAUAACAUUAACAAUAAAAUAAAGUAGUUAUAUCAUGUUAUGUAAUUUUUGCAAUGUGCCACACACACAAUGCCACAAACGAACUGGCGCCUCACACAGGUGACUGGUAGCUCACCACCACACCUUGAGCCCAAAUCAGCUGUUUCCCCUGAUCAAGAUGGCCCAUCAGCGCCGCUCUAAAUUUACCUUCAUCUUGGGUUACACACAUGAUGGAGGGGAGGUGGGACACUGAAACUGUACAGGAAGCCAGACGAGGGUUAGCGGUUCAGGGCCACUUUGAUUAAGGCGCAGCCUGGGUGGCCUCAGUGGUUGACUCCGGUCCCCCACGAUGGUUCUCUCUCCCCUGGCUCUUAUAAACACUCUCUCCACCCAACCCUGGUAAAUCUGUUAAGCUGGCAACUGGGUACCAAACAGUUCUGUGUCACAUGAGAGGCCUGGCUGGAGUCAGAGUGGCCCAGGAUACUAUUCUUAGUUGCAGGAAUGUACACAGCAGCCUCAUGGCGAGCGCCGCAGUGCCUAACUGGAGAGCCUUGUUGUUGCUGUGGGUCAUGCUCCUUGUCGUUCCUUGACAACAGAACCCAAUUUCUCUCUGGAAUACGAUUUGAUUUAUUUUGCAGCUGGAACUGAUAUUGUUUUAAAAGAGGCUGUCAAGAGAUUCUGGAUAUUGUCUACUCUCUGAGGGCAUGAGAAUGGCCUCCACAUCGUGUGGGGUUUUCUCUUUCAAAGACUCCGAACUUCCCUCCCACCUGCUGACCCAGCUCAACGUCCUCCGGCAGGAGCGCAUACUGACGGACGUCCUGCUCUGCGCGGAGCACCGCGAGUUCCCCUGCCACAGGAACGUCCUGGUGUCCAGCAGCCCGUACUUCCGGGCCAUGUUCUGCAGCAACUUUCUGGAGAGCAGUCAGGCCCGUGUGAAUCUGAAGGGAAUCUCUUCCACUGUCAUCAGUAGCAUUGUGGACUAUGUCUACACAGGCUGCAUCACUAUCACCAUGGAGACUGUGCUCCCGCUCAUGCAGGCCGCCUCCAUGCUUCACUAUGGAGGCCUCUUUGAGGCCUGCUCGUUGUUUCUCCAGGACCAGUUGAGUCCAGAAAACUGUCUGAGCAUGAUCCGGCUCUCUGAGAUCCUGCACUGUGAGAGUUUGAGGGAGAGAGCGAAGGAGAUGGCUGUGAGGUGUUUCUCUGACGUUGCUGCCUCGGAGGACUUCUGUGAGUUGUCUCUCCCCGAGCUCAUGUGUUACCUAGAAGAUGACCGCUUGUGUGCCGAGGAGGAGCAAGUGUUUGAGACCCUACUGGCCUGGAUCCACCACGAUCCGUUCUCAAGACGUGGAGCAAUCCACGAUCUCUUCAAGAAAGUCCGGCUUCGCUUCAUCCAUCCGACUUACCUCUUCCAGUUUAUUGCAAACGACCCUCUGGUGCAGUCAUCCACACUCUGCACUGAGAUCAUCGAUUCAGUGCGUCGCCUCAUGCUCACAGUCAGCAAUAAGUGUGGUCAUGAGCUCAAACCACUUUGGACCACACCGCGCCGGUACACCUGCAGAGAAACACUGGUGGUGGUGGGGGGACGCAAGAACAAUGAACAAACAUCAAGAGAAGCACUGCUUUAUGAUGAACGCACUCAGCGUUGGCAAUGGUUGGCCAAACUCCCUCUGCGGCUCUACAAAGCUGCGUAUGUGUGUAUUCACAGCAUCCUCUAUGUGCUCGGCGGGCUCAGCCUGUGCAUGACAUCAGGUGACAGCUCAGUCAGUGCCACAGUUUACACUCUCUCCCUCAAAACCAACCAGUGGAGAACUGCUGAGCCCAUGUCAGAGCCACGAUACGCUCACCAGAGUGUGUCCUACCUGCACUUUAUAUUUGUGUUGGGAGGCAUCGGGGUAGACAAGCAAAUCUCUCAGUCCGUAGAAAGGUAUAACAGUAUGUUUAAUCAAUGGGAGGACAUGGCACCGAUGCCCACGGCGGUGCUGCAUCCGGCUGUUGCAGCAUGUGAUCAGAGGAUCUACGUUUUUGGAGGCGAGGAUGCCAUGCAGAAUCCAGUCAGAUUGAUACAGGUGUAUCACAUCUCCCGCAAUUUGUGGUCGAGGCUAGAGACGAGGACAGUGAAAAAUGUUUGUGCCCCUGCUGCUGUCAUAGAGGAUAAGAUCUACAUCAUAGGAGGGUACACCCGGCGAAUGAUAGCCUAUGACACCAAAGCCAACAAGUUUGUUAAGUGUGAGAAUCUAAAGGUGCGCAGGAUGCACCACAGUGCCACCGUGAUUAACAACAAGCUCUACGUCACCGGUGGACGCAUCCUCAACAGCCACGAUGUCAUCGAGGACUCGGACUGCUUCGAGUGUUAUGACCCAAAGACUGACAUUUGGACCUCAAAGGGCUCUUUGCCAUACAAGCUGUUUGACCACGGCUCUCUGCCGCUAGUCUGUGUUUCCAACAGACCCAACCCACCAUGACCCACGUCACGCUGCGCUUCAUCUCUCCUUUGCCGUGGUUAAUCAGCCUCCGAGUGUACAAAUGGGGAACCCGUUUCAUAACUGACUGCAUUCCAUCACGUGGCUCAGACUUGGCAGUUUGUUAUGCCAAGUUGAAUUCCAUGUCAGUCAGAGGAUAAGCUCAGCUGAUGUGCAGAGAUGCCAUGUCCUCAGGCAUCUGAGGUGGAAAUGAACCCCAGACAUGACGAGGGGCAGUUGUGCUUGCACAACAAGCAGCUGUUUGGACACUUUACACUAUUAAUGUUUUUAUUCCCUCGACCAUAUGACUUUAAUAUAAAAACUGAAAACAUGAAGAUUGUUGCUUCAUCUGUGUGUUAAAAAAUGGCCAAUAAGAUGGCUGAUACAGUUGCACUUUGUUAGAAAACACAUUCCUUCGUGACCCACAUGGUUCUAACACAGCAUUUAACGGUGAGCUGUGACACAAAAUGGUCAAGCUCCACUGACAAAGUACAUCAGUGUAUCAGAGUCUACUGAAAUGACAAUUUGGGUUAGCCAACAACCCAAGAACAAAGCAAGAAAAGCUCCACAUCACCGGCUUUAAGAUAAUGGCUUCACGGGCAGCAGCGUUGAUGUGAGGACUUGUGACAAUGCCACAGUUGAGUGUUAAGAAAGGGUUUUGGGGAGAAUUUUCAAGGUUUGCAGUCUACACUGUUUCACUCUUUCACACAUUUAAUGACCUGAAAUCAUUCUUACACUCAUGAGGAAACAGCAGGACAACAUGAGAAGAUACCACAUGUAGCUGUUUGUUAACGGCCAAUGUCUUGGACGUUAGGGAGUAUAAAUUAAGUGUUUGACCAUUAAGUGACUUUUUCAUUGAAACCCAAAAAGAUCAUGUGUGGCACACAUCUGUCCAAUGAGUCCCAUCUACUUCAGAUUGCUGCAUAUCCACAAUGUACUGCUGUCACUUACAUAAUCCUUUUUCUGUCAAAUCUGUCAUUUCUUAUAGAACAACACGAUUGCAUUCAACAGUGAAUUUUAAACAGUAUGAGGUGAUUAAAAACAAAGAAAAUCCUGUAUUGCUUUUAAUAUGAAAGAACAAUAAAAGAAC